UUAUUCGUCUGUGUUUUCAGACCAAUCAGCUGACUGACAAGACACGAACGUUUCAGUUUUCCCAUGGUAAAAUUACCAAAAAUUAAGUAAAUUAUUACAUAAAACAUUCUUCAACGCGUGCUGUUCUACAAUUUAAUGAAAUAUAUGUGUGUUAUAAGCUAUAAUGGCCAUUGAAGAAUACAAAUGUUACAGAGUUACAUUGUGACGUACCAAGAAACAUGGAAGAACUGGAGUACAUUCAUAUAUGUAACACAUAUUUGAAAAAUCACCUAAAUCAUACUCUAGUGUUCUAGUCUAAAAAUUGUGUUAAUAAUAAUUAUUAUAAAAUAAUAUAAAAUUUUAUUUAUUACAAAUGAUUUACAUUUAAUCAGUUAAUUUUAUCAUUGCGAUUCCAUUUAUAUUGUAUUUAAUGCAAUAAAAAAAAAAACAAUUAAAUAGAAUAUUUUAAUAAUAAAAACAUGUUAGAUUUCAAAUCAGUAUAACAACCAAAGACGUAAAAGUGAAAUAAAUAUAUAUUUAAAUAAAACAUAGUAUAACUGAAUAACAUAUAGAUUAAAUAUAAUAUAUAGUAGAGAAGUAGAUGCUUCUAAACAUAUGGAAUGCUCUAGUAGAGCAAGAGACAAGUAGAGAGUGCGACAGAGACAAAAAAGGGGAUACUUCUAAAGGCGCCAUGGCCGCGACUAUGGUGGAGACUCCUCCCCCACAGCUCAUAACAAAUAUUGAGUGGGGCAUGAUGGACAAGAGCAAAUUCUUUCCUCUUUACACACUAAGCAGUUUCACAGUACGCUGUGCCCUCUACCCCCUGACGUUGAUAAAAACACAAAUCCAAAUACAAAGAAAGAAGGAGGCAUACAAGGGUGUUUCUGAUGCAAUCUCAAAGAUCUACAGAAACGAGGGAGUGUCAGGACUAUACCGAGGAUUUUGGCUUUCAAGUUUUCAAAUAAUAUCUGGCGUUUUCUACAUAUCCACAUACGAAGGUGUGCGACAUGAGCUUGGGAAAUAUGAAAUUAGUCCUCGAAUGAAGUCCUUCAUAGGCGGUGGGUGCGCCUCAAUAGUGGGCCAAACUGUGAUAGUGCCAUUUGACGUGCUGAGUCAGCAUCUAAUGGUGCUGGGACUGGUCAAGGGAGCCAGCAGCUGUGGCACCAAGACUAUUGUAAUGAAUCCUUUGGGACUAGACCUGGAGAAGCGUAUGUCAAAGGCGGCCUUAGCCAGGGAGGUGGCCGUGCGCGUGUACCGACUUCACGGGCCCAUGGGGUACUACAGAGGCUACGCAGCCUCGUUGGCCGCAUAUGUGCCCAACUCGGCGCUCUGGUGGGCGCUUUACACCGCGUACCAAGAUGAGCUACUGAAGAUAUCACCCGCCUGGGUGUCUCACCUGUUCAUACAGUGUGUUGCAGGCACGCUGGGCGGCUUCACCACUACCAUACUCACCAACCCGUUGGACAUCGUUCGAGCGAGGUUACAGGUGGAAGGCGUAGGCUCAAUGCGUCAAGUGUUCAAAGAGCUGUGGCGCGAGGAGGGGCUAGUGGGUCUGUAUGCGAAGGGGCUGUCGGCGCGGCUGGUGCAGUCGGCGUGCUUCUCGUUCUGCAUCAUCCUGGGAUACGAGAGCAUCAAGAGAGUUAGCGUUAGUGACGAGUACCGGGCGAGGGUGCGCUGGUGAAUAAACGAUGGAUAAUGA